AUGUCAUCAGAACGGUACAAAAUCUCCCUGUCCGGUCUGAAGUAUCUCGAGUCUCCGGAACUCUGGAAGAUCAUCGAGUCAGACGGUGAGCUUGCACCCCAUGCCAAAGACAUUGUGCAGAAACGCUUCAUCGCCAACAACAUCUACACCGUACCCAGCGCCAAAGCCUUCAGAAAUCUGACUGACCACACAUCCGACCCCAUCGCUGACAUUAUUAGGUACGACCGUGUCAAAACCCUGAAGAGUCUCGUCGACGCCGGCCUCAGCCUCCAGCACUACAGCCGCAGCGGCUGGAAGCUCCUCGGCCUGGCUCUGGCCUCCAAAGCCGAACGCAUCUCCCGGUACAUCAUCGACUCGUCCUCUCCGGAGGACCUCUGCGGACGCAUAGGCGCCAUCAACGACUGCGAAGAGGGCACGUUCCUCUCUCUCGCCGCAACCUGGGAUGCAUCGAUCUUCGCGCAAUUGUGGGACCGCAUUCGCCACCUCCCCAGCAACCAGCGCAGAUUGUCCGACGACGCCAUUUACGCGCUGUGCAGAUUCUGCGAUGCCCGUUUGGCGGAGUGUCUGAUGGCUGAUGGGGUCGAUCUGGCUGCGUUUGUUCAUGGCACCUCGGGCGAGACGGCCUGGCAUGCGGCGGCCGAGUGUGCCACCGAUUCGGAGUUUCUCGAGUGGAUUGCGGUUCGGUCGCCGGAGAAUAUCAAUAGAAAGACACUGGGUGGUAUGACGCCUCUCAUGAAGGCUGCCGUCUUCAAUCGUUUUCCGGAAGUCGCCGUCUUUCUGCUCUCGUGUGGCGCCGAUCCAACACUUGUCAAUGAUGCGGGUGAUACGGCAGCCAGUCUGGCGCGGCAGUAUGGUAACCAGGCUUUGGUGGAUUUGCUCAUGAGUGAAGAGUAG